AUCCAUUAUAUUGGUGGGGAUAAGAGAGAGCCAUGCUUUUCCACAUAACAUCAUCUCGUUAUAUUUGCUCAGCUGAGCCAUACAUUGACUCCAUUUAGCAGAAAAAAGAGGAAAAAUGUUUGAACACAUAACAGCAAGUGAAAUAGCAGGAUUUGGAGUGGGUGGUUUACUACUUGCCGCCACUGUUUAUGCUCCCAAAAUUGAUUCCUUCAUCUCUAUUUCUCAGCGCAGUUCACUGGGGAUGUGCAAAAGAUGUGGAGAUUUGAGACUCAUAGCAUGUUCAAGCUGCAAGGGAACUGGUACUAUUAAAGGAGGACCUUUCAGUUCCAUUCUUUUGGAGGACAAAUCAAAAGUAGGAUCGUCUUCUUGCACUAAAUGUCGAGCUAGAGGACACUUUCAAUGCCCCGAGUGUUCUAACCUUAGUCAGGCUUGAUCUACUUUACAUCAUACAAAGCUUAUGAUGCUUCUUGAAAAGUUUCUUCUUUACUAUAUAGACGAUAAAUGAUGCUUCUGUAGUAAAAUCUGUUGAGAUUUGAUCAUACACAAAACUUAUACUGUCAGCUUGCAUGAUGGAGAGGCGGCAACUUUGCCCCGUGUUGUAAUGCUUACAAGAUAAUUGCAGUUGAGUCCUGGAAAUUUUUACCA